AUGUAUGAUUCAUGGGUCUAUCUUCGCCUCCCUAGCUACUCUUCAUUUCCCUCAACACCAUAGUGGUUUGCCGGCGACCUCCGCUGCCUGGUUCGCCGGCUACUUCAUCCCCUCAGUCAGUCUGUGUCUCUUUCUCUCUCUGCUCAGUUUAAACUCUAGAUCUGUUUAACCGAAACUCGUCCCCGUUCAAGCUCGAUCGGGUUUCUCCCGGAUCCCCAAUUGUCCGAGCUGUUUUCCGGCGGUAGAACGUGCCGCAGUUAAUCUUGUAUUUUUAGGGUUGAAAAUUCUUUGUUGCCAGGCCAUUUUUGUAGAAUAUCGUUCAAUUAAUUUCCUGAGGACGUUAAUUGCCGCGUUUGAUUUAUUACUCGGAUUGUCCUUUGUUGUUUGUUCCUUCUUCUGGAUCUGUCCUAUCCGUACCUGUCAAUCCAAGAACGGCGUCGUUCUCGUCGCGAUCGCUGAGCAGUAUUUCCCUGUUACUGUUUGAUCAUCUUUGACAGAAAGAGGGAGAGAGUGACGGGGGAGGGGGUGGGGUGGGGUGGGGGGAGAUCUGAGGAGAUGACGACGGGGACGAGGCUACCGACAUGGAAGGAGAGAGAGAACAACAAGAGGAGAGAGAGGAGGAGGAGAGCAAUAGCGGCGAAGAUCUUCGCGGGGCUGAGGAUGUACGGCAACUACAAGCUCCCAAAGCACUGCGACAACAACGAGGUUCUCAAAGCCCUUUGCAACGAGGCCGGCUGGACGGUCGAGCCCGACGGCACCACUUACCGCAGGGGAUGUAAGCCUGUGGAACGCAUGGACAUUGUGGGUGGAUCUGCAUCAGCAAGCCCAUGCUCGUCUUACCACCCAAGCCCCUGUGCUUCCUACAACCCAAGCCCAGCCUCCUCUUCCUUCCCAAGCCCAGCAUCAUCCUCAUAUGCUGCAAAUGUCAAUGCCGAUGGCAAUUCCCUGAUCCCUUGGCUCAAAAACCUCUCAUCAAUAUCCGUGUCCACUUCUUCUUCAAAGCUCCCCAAUCUAUACAUCCAUGGCGGCUCCAUCAGUGCUCCUGUCACUCCUCCUCUGAGCUCCCCUACUGCCCGGACUCCUCGAAUGAAGACUGAUUGGGAAGACCAGUCUGGCCGCCCGGGCUGGGAAGGAACUCACUACUCCUUCCUGCCCUCAUCCACCCCACCAAGCCCUGGCCGUCAGAUUGGUCCCGAUUCGGAAUGGUUUUCAGGGAUCCAAACUCCCCAAAGUGGUCCAACUUCUCCUACAUUUAGCCUCGUCUCUUCGAACCCAUUUGGCUUCAAAGAAGAGGCCCUGGUUGGUGGUGGGUCCCGAAUGUGGACUCCUGGUCAGAGCGGGACGUGCUCACCUACCAUUGCAGCUGGUUCUGAUCAAACUGCUGAUGUUCCAAUGGCUGAAGUAAUCUCAGAUGAGUUUGCAUUUGGAAGCAAUGGAAUGGGGCUAGUGAAGCCAUGGGAAGGGGAGAGGAUUCAUGAGGAGUGUGGAGAUGACCUCGAGCUCACUCUUGGAAGCUCAAGGACCAGGUAGUUUAGUAAGCAUAUACUUUAUUGAGGUAGAUAAAAUAAAAAAAUGGAGCUUUCUGGCUCAUCGCAUGACUUGAUUGGCAUUUCAUUGCAGAUAAAAGGAUUGUGCCGGGACCUGAUCAAUGGGUUUUUGCAUUGAAUGAUCAAGCUUUUUAGCAUUCAAGUAGUUGUAGGAAUGAUGAGUACCAAGGGAAAUUAGGGCGAGAAUGAUGGAGCAGGUGCUUUUUAUUUUUUCCCAUUUCGUCUCAUUCUCAAUUCCUAUUGUUCUUAAUUAUAUCUAGUUUCUUCAAGGUUUGGGGUGGUUUUGAGACCCUCUUUUUUUUUUUGUUUCAUUUGGUCCUCCGCUGCAAUCUGCAUGAUCUUAAUUUUAUUGAAAGAAACUUGUAUGCAGGCAUAUAUAUAUAUAUAUACAUAUAUGGAUUGGCUGCCCUAAAUUGUUGCCGAAUGACCGAAAGUGAAUUGGAGUAGUGUUAUCUUAA